GCCGGCGGCAACCAAAACUCGCAGCCAGACCGCGAGACAUGUGGCUGGGACUUUCUGAAAGCUACGCUCCGUCUUCAGCCAAAAACAAUUUCCCGGUAGUGCGAUUUGUCAGCAUUUCGUAGCGGGACUUUGGACGCUUAAAAACAGUUCACUCGGCGCAAACCAGCCGCAGCUGCACUCAGAGGUGAGGAACGACGCUCGGUGCUGGCUAACCAGGGCUAGCUGCGAGGAAGCUAAAAGCGACUGGUGAUCAGGACAGCCUCGGGCCAGACAUGACUGGAGCUGGAAGUGGCAGCCAGGGCCCGCCCGACGGAGCAGAUGCUGAGGAGGCAGAGAGGUGUCCUAUCUGCCUGGGCGUCCUGGCCGGAGGCGAGCUCGCCAUGCCUGACAGCUGCUGCCAUGUCUUCUGCCUGAGAUGCCUCCUCACAUGGGCAGAGUUGCAGAUGAGUCCCUCCUGCCCCGUGGAUAGGAGACCUUUCAGUAAUGUUUACAGAUGGGAUGGGAACCUCAGCUGUGUGCAGGUUCCCGUAAAGAAGCGACCGUUUCAAGCUGAAGCUGAGAGUUGCUGUUGUAGAAAACCUGAACCAAAACUUUGUCUCAAAAGCAAGCCAGCAAGGAGACUGAGACGGAAAAACGCGGAGCGGACAGCAGACACCAAAACAAAAGGACUUGUGAGGAAAUGUAGCGACGAGGACCCAUCUUCACUGAGCAGAAAAAAGGUGAGAGGAACAGAGUGCUGUACUUGGUCCCCGGCUUCCUGUCUCUCAAUAGUGACAUCAACACAGGACAUUCCAGAUCCUGUUUGGGUGGCGGAGGACAUACCAUAUGACACUGGAUUCAAGCAGUGCAAGGCCAGUGCCCAACACUGUCCCUGGCUUUCUCCUGCUGCUCCCAUCCCUGCUAAUGGCACUUCUAGGAGUUUGCAUGGAACUAGGUGGAACCACACCCCGUUUCCAUUUGGACCCCACUCAUCUCCCUUUUCCUUCAACUCACCGAUCGGGUUGAGUGAUAUUGUGUCUCAGAGUGUUGUCUGCGCCAUCACUUGUCCCAAAGGAGGAGAAAAGAGAGGCGGUCGAGGUUCAACUUCCAAAGCUCCCACUAAGGAGGCAGAGUCUCUACCGUCCAGACGAUCUGGACGCAACAGUAAAAUCCAGGAAGAGACCCCCGCAUCUGACCCUUCAUCGCCACCACAGUCCAGUUUGUCAGACUCUGACUCAUCUGUCAGUCAGUCAACCACGCCAGGCAAGUCUUCUCAGGUACCGGCGAAGAGGAAGGGGAAACGGGUAACCAACCGAAAAGCCAGUGGGAAACGGAAAGCCCCAGCAAGAAGAAGAAAACCCUCCCCCAGCCCAGUGGCAAGCGAAGAGGAGGAGGAGGAGGAAGGGGAUGGAAGUGACAAUGCAGAAAAGGAGGAGGGAGAAGACAAAACUGAACAAGAGCCAGAUGUGAACAGUCCAGAACAACAACACUCUGAUGGUGAAGGUAGCCUAAGUGAAGACAAGGAUGGUUUCAACUCCACUGAUGAGCACGACGGAGCUGCAGGAUCUUUGAACAACGAAGAGCAGGACAGCGGUGAUACUCAGGAACAGUCUGUUGAACAGGAACAAGAAGAGAAAGCUGAUGGAGAAAAUGACAUCUCCUGUCCCUCCGACACUGCUCCCAACAGCCCCGACUCAUGCUCUGCUGAUGACCACAGCAAGGGAGACGAGGAAGAGCCAGCCAGCCCCGUUUCUUCUGGAGAGAAAGAGUUUGAGAAUAGGACUUCACCGUCCCCCUCUGACUCUCAGAACACUCUGCUGGAAGACCUGAUGUCUCCACAGAGUAACCAGCAGGCCGAGAAGGAUGACAACAUGGAGAUUUGUGAGUCAGAAGGGGCCAACGAGGAAGAAUCUUCAAAGGAAGUAAAAGCUGAAUCAUGUGAGAACUUGGCACAGCCCGGUUCCCCUUCUGUUGGAGAGUCGGUGGAUAACAUAGCUGACCCAGAACCAAAAGCUCCAGAAGACCUUGAUAUUAAAGUGUCAGAUGCUGACGAGCAUUCAGGGGUUGACAGGUCUGGGGAAGGAGCAGGGGAUGACAGUCCGUUCAAGGAUGACACAAACGUUGUCCCCAUGGACUGCAGUUCCCCCAUGAGUGAUGAGGGGAACAAUCCCAUUUUGGAACUUCAGAGUGGGAGCACCUCCCCAGCUGCUGUAGAACCUCCAGCUACUGCUUCUGAAAGCCAAAUCUCCAAGGACGAGGGCACUAAGGACGUACGGGAGAGGGAAGGGAGCCAAGAGAGGAAGAACGGUAAGCAGCGGCGUUCUCGGUUCCACUCCCCAACCUCUACCUGGUCACCUAAGAGGGAGUCCAAACGAGAGUCAUCUAGGCGCUCGCGCUCACGUUCUAGAGAUCGUGAUGGCAGCCCACCCUCAAGUCGCUCUUCCCGAGCUCGCAGCAGAGAAAGAGACAGGGACCGGGAUGGCGAGAGAGACUAUUCUAGGAGGGACCGCAGCCGUGACAGGCGGAGGCGGCGAUCCAGGAGUCGCUCUCGAUCCAGAUCUCGGUCUCGGUCCAGAUCUCGAUCCAGAACAAGGUCCUACAGGCGUGGGGCCAGUCCCGAACGGUCGGUAUCCAGAGAAAAGUCUCCACAGAGGAAGGAGCGUAGAGAUGGCUGGCGGUCUGGGACCAGCGGUGGGUCUGGUGGGGAGGGAAAGAGGUAUCACGGGGGCGCUGGACGCUUUGAAAAUGGUGUGCCUACAGAAAGUAAUCCUGAGCGACAGGGCUGGUCAGAGAACCCUGACUGGGUUACAGAAAAGACUCGCAGCGAAGAGAGCAGGAGCCGGGAUUCACGUUGGGAGGACCAACGCAGCAGUGGUGGGAGCAGAGGUGAGACGAGGGGACGGGGGGGCCGUGGAGGGUUUGAACGGGGCCGGGGCACAGGCCGUGGUGGUGCAAACCGUGGCUUCUACAACCAACAGGACGAAACAUCCGACAACCGCUGGCAGCCCAGGAACAGCUUCUCAGGUACAGGCAACAAUUCAGGGAACGAUGCUUACAGCCGCUUCAAUGAAAACCGGGGUGGUGGCUGGAAGAAAGACUCUGAUUCAGGAGACUCUAUGGUCGACCGGUCUGGCUGGUCGUCAGCAUCUAGCUGGGCUGUCAGAAGGACAUUGCCUGCAGAUGUUCAGGACUAUUACUCCAAGAGAGAGAGAGGACCAGGCAGCUGGAACCGACAAGAGGAAGAGCAGCAGCCAGCGGCAGAUCCCCCUAAAAGCGAUCCUCCUCCGCUUGCAGUCCCGGGUAACGCUCCGGUGCCCGUGAUGAACGUGAUCCCGCCUCAUGCUCAGCUGAAUGUUCUUCACCAUCACUACCCCAUGCAGGGCCCACGGGGGGCCCUGCCAGUCACCUUGCAGCCAGCUGCACCCUACGCCAUGCCUCCUCAGGUCCCCAUGCACCUCCACCCUGCUGUGCCACUGCUUCAGGUGCCCGCUGUAGGCGCUCAGGGCCUCCCACCGCCUCCUCCACCACCUCCUCCCAUGCAGCAAGGCAGCCAGACAGCGACAGCUCAGCCUGAGGGCCACACAACACAGAUGCUGAAUGCCAUGGUGGGUUAUGGGAAACCUGCCCUGCUUCCCACGCCAACCAAAGCUGGCAUCGCAGCAGUAACCCAGGGUCAUUCUGCACCCAGCCAGGCGUUACCAUCCUCUACAACUCAGCCCGGCCAGCAUAACAGGGCUCACGCUGACAGCUCCAAAAAAGAAAAGAAGCAACAGAUCCAAGAGAAAGCUAUAAAUGAAGUGAAGACAGCCAUCAAACCGUUUUACCAAAAGAAGGAAAUCACAAAGGAUGAGUACAAAGAGAUUGUCCGCAAAGCGGUAGAGAAGAUAUGUCACAGCAAGAGUGGGGAGGUGAAUUCCAGCAAAGUGGCCAACCUGGUGAAGGCCUACGUCGACAAAUACAAGCACGCCCGCAAGAAAUGAAACGCCGCCCCUCUGCUGGGGUGGCGGAGAUGCCCUCACAGACCCAUUCAGCUGCUCAAGUGCAAUUUCCUCUGGCUGGAAUUUGGCCUCCUAGCUAAAAGACGACGGAGAGCCAGCGUGUUUUCUUUUAUAUAUAUAUAUAUAUAUAUAUAUAUAUAUAUCUACCUUUUAUUGAAUGAUGAAGAUUUUUUUCUAUAGAUUUUCAUAUUUUGUUAGAAAAGAAUGAUCCAAUCAGAAAUUGUAACGCAAGAGCCCUUUAUUUUGCAUAGAUCAUGUGACUUGGGAACUACUGUAAGGAGUGCAUGGUGUAGCGUGAGGAGGCGAGGACGGUUGAUGCUGAGGCUGCAACACUCGCUGAGCUCAUGUAGUGAGCAGCCUCUCCCUGGGUGCCAGCUGGUACAAUGAAUUUCUCUUCUAAGGCAUCUCAUAGCUUAUUAAUUGAAUAUUGUCAAUGUUAUUCUAAACAUUUCAGAUGAAAGCCUAGUAAAGAAAAAAAAAAAACAAAGAAAAAACAACCCAGUGCGUUGCCUUUAUUAAUGUGUCUGGCCCAGUGACGGGCUGUGACCUGAUGAGAGUGAUUGUAAUCAGGACCCUGAUUGGACCCACAGCGGGAUGACCAAUCGGCAGAGUGUAUAAUGUAAGGCGCAGCUCUUGGGGGUCAUUGGUUAGGUUGAAACUGAGCCCACCCCCUCGGCUGAAUGUGUAAUAAAUGUUGAUGCGUGAAAAUGAACUGUGAGAAGUAUCCAGAGACUAGUCAAAUAAAUUAGCUGCUUCCCAGUG